UCUGCAACUUUAUUGUUCUUUCAACGGCAGCAAACAACGGUCUGACGCUACUACCUUUGAAAUGGCGUUGAUGUAGUUAAAUACGCCGUUAUUCCUAGUUAUUGUGGUCGUCUAGGUCGCUUCGGGUUUUAUUUUGGUGAUCCAGUGGAUUCACACUGCAUCUGUCCUCUAUAUUUGGCCAUUACGGAGUUGAUAAAAGGAAAUGUGGUAAAGCAAAUUGUUAAUAAGUUACGUUGCAUAAUAAGGCCGCAGCUAACCCCGAGCUUGCCUAGGGAUUACAACGGUUUAUGAAUGCUUGGCCUGCCGCAGCGAGAUGUCGGUUUCCAAGUGAAUUGGAAUCUGAAGUGACACAGUUCAGUUCAACAGAAACAUUAACGACCCUUAUUACAUAAAAGUAUUUAGUUUGUUAAAUAGUCCCUGCCGUCCGGAAACAAUAGAUUUUGCAUCUUAACAUUAGUAACGUUUGAAAGCUAGUCCCCCCUCUCUCACACACACACACACACACACAGUCAGUAUGGCAUCAGUACCAGUGUACUGCUUGUGUCGCUUGCCAUAUGAUGUGACACGCUUCAUGAUCGAGUGUGACAUUUGUCAAGACUGGUUUCAUGGAAGCUGUGUUGGGGUUGAGGAGGACAAAGCAGCUGAGAUUGACCUGUAUCACUGCCCCAACUGUCAGGUCACCCAUGGGCCAUCUGUCAUGCGCAAACGCCGUGGCGGCAACAAGCAGACAGAUGGUGGUGCUGGAGCAAGAGACCCAAGUCGGCCUGUUAAGACGGGCAGCCCACAAUUUGUUAGGGAGCUACGGAGCCGCACCUUCCCAAAUGCGGAUGAAGUCUUACUAAAGCCGUCUGGCGCGCAGCUGACUGUCGAGUUUCUGGAGGAGCAUUCAUUCAGUGUUCCGGUCAUGGUGCUGAGGAGAGAUGGCCUAGGCAUGACUCUUCCUCCAUCGUCAUUCAGUGUUAGCGAUGUAGAGCACUACAUCGGUCCAGACAAAGAGAUAGAUGUGAUUGAUGUGUCUCGCCAGUGUGACCUGAAGAUGCGUUUGGGGGACUUUGUUGAAUACUACAACAGCCCCAACAGAGAGAAAGUGCUCAAUGUCAUCAGCCUGGAGUUCUCUGAGACCAGGCUCUCAAACUUGGUGGAAACUCCAAAGAUUGUGAGGAAACUGUCAUGGGUGGAAAACCUCUGGCCUGAAGAGUCUGUGUUUGAACGCCCCAAUGUGCAGAAGUACUGCCUAAUGGGAGUGAAGGACAGCUACACAGACUUCCAUAUUGACUUUGGAGGCACCUCAGUAUGGUAUCAUGUCCUGAGGGGCGAGAAACUCUUCUACUUAAUUUCCCCCACCCCAGCCAACUUGGCACUUUUUGAGCGGUGGAGUUCCUCAUCUAACCAGAAUGAGAUGUUCUUUGGAGACCAGGUUGAUAUGUGUUACAAGUGCUCUGUCAAACAAGGAAACACCUUAUUCAUACCAACAGGGUGGAUCCAUGCUGUGCUGACUCCAGUGGACUGCCUGGCCUUUGGAGGAAACUUCUUGCAUAGUCUCAACAUUGACAUGCAGCUGAGGGCAUAUGAAAUAGAGAAGAGAUUAAGCACAGCAGACUUGUUCAAAUUCCCCAACUUUGAGACUGUGUGCUGGUAUGUUGGAAAGCACCUUCUUGAUACCUUUAGAGGUUUGAGAGAAAACCGCAGACAUCCUGCCACUUACCUGGUCCACGGAGCUAAGGCCCUUAACAAUGCCUUCCGUGGCUGGACUCGUAAAGAGGCUUUAGGAGAGCAUGAAGGGGAGAUUCCAGAAACCAUCAAUACUCAGACACUAGUGAAGGACCUGGCCAAGGAGAUUCGUCUGGUUGAGGAUAUCUUCCAGCAAAAUAUUGGCCGCAGUGGACCUCAGUUUCCUGGUUCGCCGCUCCCUAAAGCUCCCCUGACCACCUCUCAGAAUUCAGGACGUCCUCCUGGAAAAAAGAAAGGACCCAAGCCCAAGGAGGUGAUAGGGGGUCUUGGGCCCCCAGGAACCAAGAAAAAGACUCAGAAGGGGCUACUUAAGGCAGACGCAGGAGAACUUGACCUAAUUGAGAUCCACACCAAACAUACACUCAAAAAAUUUCAGCCUGCCAAGUCCAAAAACAAGAACAAGUUGGAGUUGCCUUUAGAAGAGUUUGAAGGGAAGCUAAAUAAAAGCAAACUGAAACUUGUGCUGACAAAUGGAAAAAUCCAAGGUAAGAAGGACCGCAGCAGUAAUGGUGCAGGAAGUGCUCGAAACUACAAACAUCUUGCCUUGGAGGGAUCCAGUCUGUCUGACUUGGAGUCCGAGGAUGAGCUACAGAUUGACGAGACCCCUCCUCUGAGACGCAAGCCUGCAGGACCGGGCAAGAAAAAGAAACUAAGUGGUCUUCCUAGGAAGCUUCCCAGAGCCAAACCCUGCUCUGACCCCAAUCGCAUUAGGGAGCCAGGAGAGGUAGACUUUGACAUUGAGGAGGAUUACACCACGGAUGAAGAGGCACUAGCCGCCCACGGAGUGAAGGGUGGCGCGGGGGGCAUUCUGGACUUACUGAAGGCCAGCAAGCAAGUGGCAGGCUUGGACUCAGCAACACUCAGUGAGGAAGCCCCAGCCUCUCCCAGCACUCGUGAUGCCAUUCAGGGUAUGCUGUCCAUGGCCAACCCCCCUUCCUCGUCCUCGUCUUCCUCGUCUUCAUCUCCCUUAUCUAUUUCUGGAGGCCUGACAGAGGGAUUAGGGGUGGUCAAGGAAAAGGGUGGCAGGGCCGUAUGGGUGACUGGAGGGGUCAAAAAGACAGGAAGUCCCGAGAAGAAACCUGUCAUCCAGCGGCCUGGAAAACGGCCAAUUAAAAGGCCAGCUCGUCACCUUAGUGAUGAGGAGAGUCCAGAUGAGCAAGAGACUCUGGGAACCUGUUUUAAAGAUUCAGACUAUGUUUACCCGUCCUUGGAGUCUGAUGAGGAGGACCACGCUAACAAGGCUAAGAUGAAGCGGAAGAAAAACUGGGAUGACACACCUUGGAGCCCAAAAGCCAGGGUGAUGCCCACCCUUCCCAAACAGGAUCGGCCAGCAAGGGAAGGGGCAAGAGUCGCAUCUGUGGAAACUGGUCUUGCAGCAGCUGCUGCCAAGCUUGCACAGCAGGAGCAGCAAAAGCCUGCUAAAAGGAAGUACACCAAAAAGCAGCGUCCUCCUGCUCCUGUAGUCACUCCUCCCCCUGUUCAGUCUGAGCCAGCCCCACCCUCACCACCACCUGCUGCAGAGUCUGCAGCAGACGUCAGCCCAGACAGGAGGAUGGAUUACUACUCCGCUAGUCUGUUGGACCAUGAAUACACAGCAGGGCCUGGACCUUUUGGCCCCGGAGGCCCUAGAGGCAGCGGAGCAAUGGCCCCUGGUGUAUUCCUCAGUUCACGUCGACCUUCACUGUCUCCGCAGAACAGCAGCUCUCACUCUGGUGCAUCCCCUGCAGGUUUAGCCAGCCAAGGUACAACAGGAGUCGGUCAAGGGAAACGUCCAAAGAAAGGACUUGCAACAGCAAAACAGAGACUUGGAAAAAUUCUGAAAAUUCACCGUAACGGCAAACUUCUCUUGUGAGAGAUGUUGGAAAUGUAGCGGAAGACUUUUAAGUGGGAAUGAAGAAAAAGGCUUUUGUGGAAGUAGGUCUGAAGAAAAUAGAGAGUGGUCUAUAUUUUGUACUCUAGAUAAAUUUGUUUACUGUUUUCACGGUUAUUGAACUUUAUCUUGUCCUACACCAGUGACCCUGCCUGGCUAAUUAGCAGCCUGUUUUGGCACUCCACUUCCAUAUCCAUCUGCAUAAAGGUGUUUUCACAACUAAUCACUGUAGUGUGCUAGAUGCACGCUUAAUGUUGUAACUCUCAUGAUUGCAUACUAUUUGUCAUUGGGAAAUUGUGACAAGAUGACAGGCGGACAUUGAUUUAACUAGAAUAAUACAUUUUUUUUGUUUUAUUUAGGCUAGGCUAUUUUUAUUGGCUCUAUUUAUGCAAAGACAUUUUACUCUCCAUAUAUUUUUUAAAAGGGAAAGAAGAACAGUACAUUUUCUAGUCAGGUAAAAUGUAAUUCCUGCAUCACCCUCACAAAGAGAGACAGAGUCAUGAAGUUAUAGUGUUGUGUUUAGUUGUCUUUUACCUCAUAAAACACAAUCUUGUGUGGCAUGACAAUUACAGGACACCAAUCUUGACACACAAACAGUGGAUGCACAUGGUUAGCACCCAGUAUUCCACAAGUAUUCAUUAUAUUUGAAGGAAUUUGUCACUGAUUGUCACUGUAGCUCUGCACAUAAUAUAGAAAGCCCUCAACUGAUGCCAAGAGGAACGUCAUAUUCUGAACAUAUUUAUUUAUUUUACAAGGGAGCAUUUAGCCAUCUCUUAGCCUGUUUUAACAUUGUAUGUUUUCACCACCUCAUCUUCUUGGUCCCUAAUUUAAUUAUUUCCAACCACUUACUUCCUGUACAAAAAGUGUAUCCAUUGCUUUGUUAGAAUUUUUUUUUACAGUUUUAAGUUGUCGUUGUAAAUAUUUGUAAUAUUUGUAAUGUAUAUAGCUACAUUGAAAGAGCAGAAGAAUAUUAUGAGAUGAAGAGACUAGUUUCCUGUAAGCUGACAUAAGAUGUGCCCCAAGUGUUGGCAGCAUUUUUGGUCUAGAUCUAGACAUGCUUUCUUUCCACA